UGUGGCCGGGGAGGAUGGCAGGGGAGUGAGCCCCAUGGGACAGCCAGGAACUGCUGUCACCUCUGUAGUGAAGCCUUCUCUUCUCCCGCGCGCGUCCGGAGUCACGCAUGUCCUCCCCAGCUUGUGUCCCUCUCCCACUCCCACCACGUCGGCCCGAGGGGAGGUCAGGCCUCACGCUGCCGCAGCCAGCCCCGUGUCCGGCAGCAUGUUCAGCUGGGUCAGCAAGGAUGCCCGCCGCAAGAAGGAGCCGGAGCUCUUCCAGACGGUGGCCGAGGGGCUGCGGCAGCUGUACGCGCAGAAGCUGCUGCCCCUGGAGGAGCACUACCGCUUCCACGAGUUCCACUCGCCCGCGCUGGAGGACGCUGACUUCGACAACAAGCCCAUGGUGCUCCUGGUGGGCCAGUACAGCACUGGCAAGACCACCUUCAUCCGGCACCUGAUCGAGCAGGACUUCCCGGGGAUGCGCAUCGGGCCCGAGCCCACCACCGACUCCUUCAUCGCCGUCAUGCACGGCCCCACCGAGGGCGUGGUGCCGGGUAACGCGCUCGUGGUGGACCCGCGGCGCCCCUUCCGCAAGCUCAACGCCUUCGGCAACGCUUUCCUCAACAGGUUCAUGUGUGCCCAGCUGCCCAACCCCGUCCUGGACAGCAUCAGUAUCAUCGACACCCCCGGGAUCCUGUCCGGAGAGAAGCAGCGCAUCAGCAGAGGCUAUGACUUUGCAGCUGUCCUGGAGUGGUUCGCCGAGCGGGUGGACCGCAUCAUCCUGCUCUUCGAUGCCCAUAAGCUGGACAUCUCUGAUGAGUUCUCGGAAGUGAUCAAGGCUCUGAAGAACCACGAGGACAAGAUCCGCGUGGUAUUGAACAAGGCAGACCAGAUCGAGACGCAGCAGCUGAUGCGGGUGUACGGGGCCCUCAUGUGGUCCCUGGGCAAGAUCAUCAACACCCCUGAGGUGGUCAGAGUCUACAUCGGCUCCUUUUGGUCCCACCCGCUCCUCAUCCCCGACAACCGCAAGCUCUUUGAGGCCGAGGAGCAGGACCUCUUCAAGGACAUCCAGUCUCUGCCCCGAAACGCUGCCCUCAGGAAGCUCAAUGACCUGAUCAAGCGGGCGCGGCUGGCCAAGGUUCAUGCCUACAUCAUCAGCUCCCUCAAGAAGGAGAUGCCCAAUGUCUUUGGGAAAGAGAGCAAAAAGAAAGAGCUGGUGAACAACCUGGGAGAGAUCUACCAGAAGAUCGAGCGUGAGCACCAGAUCUCCCCCGGUGACUUCCCAAGCCUCCGCAAGAUGCAGGAACUCCUGCAGACUCAGGACUUCAACAAGUUCCAGGCCCUGAAGCCCAAGCUGCUGGACACGGUGGACGACAUGCUGGCCAACGACAUCGCACGGCUGAUGGUGAUGGUGCGGCAGGAGGAGUCCCUGAUGCCUUCCCAGGUGGUCAAGGGCGGCGCCUUUGAUGGUACCAUGAACGGGCCCUUCGGGCACGGCUACGGUGAGGGGGCCGGCGAGGGCAUUGAUGACGUCGAGUGGGUGGUGGGCAAAGACAAGCCCACCUAUGACGAGAUCUUCUACACACUGUCCCCCGUCAACGGCAAGAUCACGGGCGCCAACGCCAAGAAGGAGAUGGUGAAGUCCAAGCUACCCAACACCGUGCUGGGGAAGAUCUGGAAGCUGGCAGACGUGGACAGGGACGGGCUGCUGGACGACGAGGAGUUUGCGCUGGCCAACCACCUCAUCAAAGUCAAGCUGGAGGGCCACGAGCUGCCUGCCGACCUGCCCCCGCACCUGGUGCCGCCCUCCAAACGCAGGCACGAGUGACAGUGCCCAUCCUGCCCCUGCCAUCUCCAUGCCCAGCCAGGAGGCAGAGACGGGAGGGAGAGGGGAAGCCUCACCAUUUCUCGAGGUCCAUAAAGACUGAGCGGAUGUUUCCUCGCCUCUCGAAAAGAAAAACCACCAUCUUUCUUUUAAGGCUGUUCCUGGGCCUGGUGGGGGAGACGGGCUGAGAUGAUGGAAUUUUGUGCACAUGAACUAUGGAUAUUUUAAUAUAUAACGUUAGGGCAAUGUUCCUCGUCACCGCCGCCUCUGUGCAACAGCCCCACGUGCACAGCCUCUGCCUCCGGCCUUUGUUCUGCUCCGGCUCUGCUGGACAGUGUGUGCAGCGACUGUGACCGCAGGGGAGCCGGGUCACCUUUUGGCAGCUGCUGGGCCGGGGCUUCGUGGACAGGAACACCAGGCGCCCUCCGUUUGCUUCUGAGCUGAGGUUGCUUCACGGGCUGUGGCUUCCUUCCUCACCCAGCCCUGCCUCCCCUGUGCUCUCAGGCGAAGUGGGUUCUUGUGCCUUCCCCUCCCCAGCCCAGACUCCCCAAGCUCAGGCCCUGCCCUUCCUCCCGAGCCCCACCGGCUCUGGCGCGCCACCCUGCUCAGCAGUCACAGCAGCAGGGCCCAACCACCUUGGUCUUCCUUGGGGGUUUCAGGGGAGUAGGAGAACGUCUUCCAGAAAAAUACAUAAGCUACUUUCUGUUCUGUAAAGUGACACCUUUCAUACUUGACCGAAUUUCCCCAACCACUUUCUAAAGCUGUGAUUUUUGUCUCCCCUUCCCACCCUCCAGCCAAGGGGCAGCCCCACCCAGGGGGCAUUAGAUGUGGGUACUCGGGGAGCAUCCCCUUCUUGGACCCCAGAGUUGCAUUUCCUGGCUGAAGAAGGGUGGUCGUCCCAGCUCCUGCCUCACCCUCUCACUUAACCGGAGCUUUCGGAGCACUCUCCGCAGCAGGAGGUGGGAGGUUGGCGGUGGAUGGAGGGGCUUUAUGACAGCUUGGUGCUGGUGAGAGGAAGCCUGUAGUUCUGGCCAGGCUCUUUGUGUUCAGACAGUGGGGCCAGGGGAAACCCAGCCCCUUCUCCUGUAAUCCCCCUUCAUUUCCUACCUACCUUCCUCUGUUUAGCAAAGGAGGGCGGUUGACUUGGAUGUCCUUAGAACGCCCUGGCCCCAGGCUGAGCAAUAAGAAACCAGAGCCUUGUGGCCCAGCAGCUGGGCCAGUUCAGUCUGCCUCCCCCUCUGCCUGGGGCCAUAAGGCCCAGCCUCCAGGGCCAGGCACACUCGCAGGCCAGCGGCUGUCCGGGUAGUGGUGGCACAGAAGCUGGUGGAGCACCAGGUCCUGCAUAGCUGGGUGUCCCACCAGGCUCUCCCUUGGGGGUCUCAGGGAGCCUCCCCGCAGCGCUGCUCAGUCUACAGGAACUGGCCCGUCACCCCACACAGUAUUAGGUGAGGAUGGACGCAACACUGUCCUCCCCGGGAAGUCGCUGUUGAGUUUGCAGCGGCUUGUUCACACGUGGGAAGGAAAGUGAAGACUUUGUCCGUGCAUUAAAAAGUCCGAACUGUGCCGAA